CGCCAUCUUUGAAAAUCAACAACAUUUUCUUGCAAGUUUCGGUGACAAUUUAGUAGAAGUUACUAUCAAAUUCCUUCUAUUAUAGAGCCUCAAAGGAAAUCAUGGCGACAGAAACAGCGUUCAGACCUCAUAUAGAUCAAGAGAAUGCCCAAGCGGUGAAUAUAAAAGGAGGAAAUGUUUCUGGUAAGCGUUUACUUUCAGACAAACAUCUCGAUUUAAUCUUCCAGCCUUUUAUCUGUAGUGGCGAAGUUAGUCACUGCUGCGCUGAGAGGGACAAAAUUGUCGGCUGCCGAUUCAUUUUUACUUGGAAGAAUUUAGUGUGAUGUAUCAUUUUCACUCCAUUUGAUAUUUUUCUGCCCAAGAAAACAAGGAAAAAAGCAAAACUUUUCGUCGUAGUAGCUCUAUAGCUUUUAACUUUUUGUACAUUGUAUUUAGGGAGAAGUUUUGGUAUUGCAAAGUCUUUUCAAUCAAACCACACUCCCUUGGCUACUCCACGACGUGCAUUAGGAGAUGUCCAGAAUACUCUACAAGCGGGAACAAUAAAGGCCAGGAAAGGACUUGCAUUAAGACCUAACAAACCAUGUGGGAAAACACCUGGUGCAACAAAGGUCCUCCAAGGCCGCACAGGAACCCCAGCAACCAAAGGCCUACCUUUGUUGCAACAAAUAAGUUCUGCGGGUCUAAAACAAAGCACUAAACAGAAACAUACCUCUCAUGCAAGAACUAAAGAAAAACAGAAAGUGAAGGCACAACAACAAGAACUUUGUGAAAAGGAAGUGAUGUAUCCAUUUACAGAACAAGGUGGGUGAUUGGACACAUGGCUUAAAAUAACAGCCAGUCAACGGACAAUGUCCAGCCAAGGUGACUAUUUGUCCGGACAAACUUUCAGUUGGUUGGUCAUUUUGAGCUAUUUCAGUGAUUCUGUUAACUCUGCGUCCUGCGUCCCUGACGCAUAAAAAUCCCCAAAGAUGCAAAAUAAUUCAUGGCAUGCAUCCCGUAGGAUGCAAAGAUCAAUCAAUCAAUUUGAAUGUUCAUUUUUGUACAAAUAUUCUGUUCAUGUAAUUUUCAUGGCAGUUAUUAUGGCUGUUGUUUAACGAUUCAGAUUUCAUUUAGUCUUUGUUGUGCUUUAAAAUAGAAGGACUAUAUUUUAAUUUCAUUUUACUGUAAAUUUCAGUUUUGAAUUUGUUGUUUUUUUUUAACUGGGACUGGAUGGCUCUGGACUGGGACAGUCAACUCAUGAUUUUUCACAAGAUGAGUCCCAGGACUCACCAGAACUAUUUGUAACAAAAUCACUGUAUUUGCUCACAUUAUACAUCCAUAAUUCCAGCUACCGACAGCAACCUGUCAAGGCAGACAAUUUACCCAUAGUCCAUGAUGACAAGGCAAUAAUCAUGCCAACUGAGGCUGUCAGUUAUAAUAUUACAGUGGAACUUCGAUAUAACAAAUGACUAAGGGACUGGCAAAAAAUGUUCACUAUAACAAGGUUUUAUUAUAUCAAGGUUGUUUCCAAUAUAUUUUACCAUUAUUGGGGUAAAGAAAAUAGUUUGUUUUACUGGGCACUUUGUUAUAUAGAGGUUUCCAUUCGUUCUAUCAAGGUUCUACUGUACUUUGGAAGCAAUGAUGAUAUUAUUUGAAAGGGCUCACCAGUAGAAUGGUUUACACUUCCUGACAAUAGCAAUAAUUUGGAGUUCUUAGUACUAUGUAACAGUUAUUAAACUAUUCAAUGUUGGACGACAUUCUUGCUAUCAAAUAUACAAAUUGCCCAAUAGCAGGCAUUUCUUUUGUUUUUAUUCUGAUCUAUGCAUUUAUUUUCUUUAGAGGAUGUAUUGCCAAGAUCAAAAUAUGUUUCAGCAAUAUUAAAAAAUGUUGGGGCUCUGUAUCAUGGUUGUAUGUUUCAACCUCAUUCUGCCCUUGAUUCUGAGCCUAAAGAGAUUACAGAAACUAAUAUUCACUUUGAAAAUGAAAGAAGACCAGCAAAAGGUAAGGACAGAUAAAAUAGUUGCACUAGAAUUUUACUAAGAAUUUAACAUUUUUUGUAGAGUUGUGAUAAGAACUCUAUUAAAAUGGCCUGAUUGGGUGUGAUGUAAACAAUGUUUCAAACAAUUAUUGAAGCUGUCACAAGUUAUAAGCUACGUUUAUCAAAUUCAAUAUACAAAUAUAGUUUAUUAAUCUGUUGGUUUUAACAAAAUAAGCCAAAGAAUACAAAAGAGUUGGCAAUCUCAUUGCGUUCUAAUUUUCACCUAUCAUUAUGAUGGUGCUUAAAAGGCAGUAACAAAUCCUGGAUCAGACUGCAUUGAAUCCACCCCUGUUGCUCACUGGAUGAAAAAAGGUUAGUGAUAGGGUUACAGGUGUUGAUCCGAUCCUGUCCAAUCCAGGUUUGUCAACAGCUCUGCUUAAAUGCUAAAUCUGCACCUCACUGACUGUAAAUUUUGGCUUAUUAUAUUUUGUUGUUGUUGUUUUCCAGAUUCCUACUUAGAUUCACUUCCAUUUGAAGGAGAACUGGAUUCAUUGACACAAGGCCUAACUACUCUCAGCCUUCCAGAUAUUGAACUGCCACCUGUGGACAUUGAUUCUUUGGGACUUGGCAUAUUUUAGAAAUGAGCAUAUCAGAAUUAGAUGUUAU